AUGUUUAUCGCAAAUGCUGAUGAUCCUGUAGGACAAGCAGUUUGCGCUCUCAUUGAAAAGGCAGUUCCUUCAAAUCAGUCCUUGAAGGAAGAAGAAUUUGAUUACUAUGUCGAAGAUUUACAAGAUCAAAUCAUCACACACUUCAACUAUCAUCGAAUUCAAGAAGUUCCUGAGUUUAUCGACUCAAUGUUGAGUACAACUAUGUCAGGUGCUAAGACAGAUGAUAAGAAGAGGCGAUAUGCGGCCGCAGUAUGUUUAGCAACUCUUAUUAGCCUGUUUCCCUUCGACGAUCUAAUCCCGCAAUUCGAGCCCAUCAUCAUGCAACUUCUACGGCCUGGAUUCAAAAGACUCGUCGUCGUUGGCGCUAAAGUUGUAGGAUAUCUUGGUGGCCUUACAGGACAAAACAGAAAUCACUUAAUUAAGAUCCUCGCCGAAAAGAACGCCGCUCUGUUGUCUGCUCCUAACCAAAGACCAGAAAAUCUUUUCACAGCCGCGAUUAUUCUCAAAGAAGUCGCGACUGCCGCGCCAGAACACAUAUUCGUCCUCACAUCGCAAUACUUCAUCAAAAUGAUAUACUGUGGGUUAUACUCACAUGAUUCAAAUGUGAGAGAUAUCUGUGUAGAUAUAGUCGAAACUCUAUUUACAUCACAGGCAGCGUCUGUUGGCGUAUUCUUCUUAACUGAUAUCCUUGAGAAGAUGCGCUAUCAGUCUGUUGAAAGACUCUCGAGAGAAAAGAAUGAUGAUGACUUAAUUUCAUGUUUUAAGCUUCUUCAAAUCCUUCUCCGUCAAAGACCAUACAUCGACCCUGAUCUUACAGCAAGAUAUUUGAUUCCAACUUGCUCAAGACUUGUUACAUCUCCAAAUUUCGAAAUAAUGAAUUACGCAAUCGUUACAAUCAUGUUCCUUCACGAAAGCGAGAUUUACGUUACAGAUCCUUACGUCAUACAAACGAUUAUGAAGCAAUUAUUCGAUGUUACAUUAAAAUACGGAAAAAUGAUCGAACCUUUAUUUACAAAAGUCAUUCACACAUAUCCAGAAUAUGUUCGAAAAGAAUUACAGCAAUUAAUUGACUGGUUUGGAGUCUUUAUGACCACAUUACCUAAAAAUGCAUCAUUUAUUUUAGUUUUCCAAUUAGUUGUUGCAUCAAUUGACGUUGUUACAGAUCAGAAACAGCUUUCCCACCUUCUCGAGCUUGUAAAUCAACUCAUGUCCAAUUCAUCGAUGCCAACUCCGAUUCACAUGCUUCUACAGUCUCUCAACCAGCAUCAUCCCAACUGGGAUCGCGAACUACACAACUACAAGAAGUUCUUGGUCCGUUUAAUCCACGAGGAAAUGGGUGGUCCGUAUCAAAGAUGGGAAGUCACUGUUAUUUCACUUAACGCUAUCGACCAACUUAACGACUUGAGUUAUCCGGAUGCUGUUGUCCUCCAUUCUUUGGUUAUGGCCUUAAUAAAUUCUCCAGAUUGGCAAGUAAGAGAAAGAGUGGCCUCUUCUGCCCUCCAUCUCUUCAAGAACCAUAUAGAUAAGAUGCCGCUCGAGACGAUGAUGAAAUUGGUCGACCUCGCUGUUUAUGAUUCCGUCAGAUCUGUCAGAAAGAAAUCACUUUUCGCCUUCAAACCAAAUGUGUAUAAAUAUUUGGCCCAACCUGAGAUCAUUUGGAAGUUCUCCAGACUCAUUUACGAUGAAUCAUUCGGAGUUAGGAAGCACGCCAUUGAAAUCCUUGGCGCAUUGGUACCUAGAACAUCAGCAUCCAUCCUCCGUGAACUCCUUUUGACCACAUUGAGACAACUUCCCAACAAAUAUAAUCCAAUUAUUCCUCCCCACAUUUCUGACAUAUUCCCUGAGCUUAUCUCUGCUUCUGAGCCUAUCAUAUACUUGUACGCCGAUGCAAUUUUCCAGAGAUUCCUCAAAAUGUUGAAUGAAAGGUUUAGUCAAACAACAUUCAAGGAUCCAUCAUUAGUUUAUAUGAACAGCGCCCAACUUAGAGAUAUUGAUGGCUCAUUGAUCAAGUCUCUUUCCCAUUUGAACGAACUUUGCCCUGAUAUUGUCUUAUCCGGACCAGUUAUCAACGUUCUCUCCAAAGUUCUUGCACUUCCUGUCCACCCAUGGACCAAAGCUCAUGCUCUUAAAGCUUUAAGAUGCAUCGCCCAAGGCGAAUAUGAUAUCUCAUUUGUAUGGAGGGAUCAUUUCAAUUUAAUUGAGUCAGUCAUCAAGAUUAUUAGAGAGAAUGCAUCUCUUAAGCUUGUUACUCUCUCAUUGAAGCUCCUUGGUUCAAUUUCCGCUUGUUCAAUGCCAACAAUGUUGAAUCCAAGCUCCAGGAAGAACAUUUUCAUAUUCAGAAGCUUCUUCUCAGGAUUAAAUGAGUUCAAGAACUUCUUUAUUAAGAGAUAUUUCACAGAAUUAUUAGAUAUCCUUUCCGAACCAAUGAUUGAUACAAAGCGCGAGACAAUUGCAGGCGUUUUGACCCAAUUGUUCGUUGCUGAUCCCGAUUCCGUCGCAAAUUAUUUGACUCCAUUCUUUAAUGUCUUCUUGCCGAUGUUCCCCAACACUUCCAUCUCAACCCUGAGGAAGUUCUUCGACUACCUGACCGUUAUCGUUAAAUUGGCCGGUCGAAUGAUUUCACCUCACGCAACGAGUGUUUUCGUUGCCAUUGAAAAUCACUGGCAGCAACAAUUAACUGUUGAAGGUUCUCAUGUUAUUUCCGCUCUUAUUGAAGCAACACAUGGACAAUGCGACUCAAUUCUUCACUUGGUUGUUCCAAUCUGUUUCCAAUUGAUCAGAUUCAAGAAACAAGGCCAUUCCGAGCUAUUCAGGUUGUUAAGAGCCGCUGCAGAUUACACACCAAGUUAUUUGAAGACAAUUAUCGAAGGAAUUGCAGAAUUGGCCCAAUCUCCUGAGACACAAGACAAUGUAUUAGAUCUCUGCGUCAAAACAUUGUCAUUCAUCGUUGACCAAUGCGAUUGUUCCGAACAUUUGGCCACAAUCAAGAGAUGUGCCAUGAAAGUCAAAGCAAACUCCGCCAAAUACAGAGAACGUGCCAUAAACAUCGUCGAAGCCAUCGAUGGCCGUGUAGAACAAGACGACGAUACAACAGAAGUAGAUGAUGAUUUCGAAAAACGUCCAACACCUCCUGUUGUUGAUUCCGUUGUUGCUGCUGAUAUUGCAACAUGGAUGCAACUUCCAGAAGAGCUCAACGACGAUUCCUUGGCCAAAUGGUACAGAGAACUCGAAACAAGACUGAUAAACAUUGCUCCUUCACCUGUUGUCAGAGCUUUGGUACCUUUGAAUGACUUCCCAGGUCUUCUUCCAAGUUUCUCCUUCACUUUCGCCUUCUUAACAACAUGGCAGAACCUUUCUCGGCCACAAAAAGGCGAAAUCACUGUUCUUUUGAACCAAAUUUUCAAGUGCGAGUCGAUUCCAACGUGGAUUGCCAAACAAUUCACAAAUCUCGCUGAGUUUUCCGUUCUCAGUGAAAUCGACAUCAGACUUGACUUCGCAGCAUUGAUUCCUUUCUGCGAGAACCAUCAAUUCUACGCCAAGGCUCUUUUCUUCCUUGAUUACGCUCCAUCAACAUUUCCAUUCACAAAAUUGAUCCAUUUGAAUUCGAUUUGCGGCAGAAAACUCGAAGCUCGAGCUCUUGCAAAGCGAUAUUCACAAGACAUAGAUCAUAAUUUGUGGAUGGAAUUAGGAGAAUGGGAUAAUGCUAUUGCAUGUAUCAACAAAUCACUUGAUCCAUCUCGAUUCAUUUAUCCACAAGUGAUUUGCAAAGCUGCAACAGAAGAUUGGGAUGGAAUUCUUAAACUAAGAGAUUCUUUCUAUGAUCUUCCUUUGCACGACAAAGUUGAUCUUGCAAAGUAUUUCAUGAUGGCAGCUGUUUACAUGGGUGAAGAUGAAACAGCUGAGGAAUUCUUCCAAAUGUCAAAUGGCUUCACAACAGAUGACCAAAUAAUGAGAGCGCAAAUGUUGAUAAGAAACAACAAAUUGGAUGCAGCUCUUCAAGCAAUAAGAACAGGAUGGAGAUAUUUGGCAUCUUCUGUUUCAGCCAUUGAGAAAUGCAACAAAAACUUGUUACAAGAUUAUUCCCUACAAGCACAACAACUUUUGGAAUUAGGAGAAGUUAUUGAUUGUCUUAAAGAUCCAAGUGAAAUCGAGAAUAUUAACAAUGUUUGGCUUGGAAGACUCCAUUUGAUACAGAACAGUCCUGACAGACAAAAAGAACUCUACAAGAUAAGAUCAUUAGUUCCUAAUUUACCUCAUUUCGAUGCUUUGAUGUUAGAUACAAUUUCUUAUUAUAUAUGGCUCGGACAAAGAGAUGUCGCAAUCAGAUUAGUCGACGUUUUCUUCCCAGAUGAAAACUCUCCACACGCACAAUACGUUCAACUCGAGUUAUCAGGAAGAGAAGAGAAAAUCAAUGAAAUGCUCGAGUUGGCAACAACUUGCAAUAACCAAGAAUUGUCAAGUAGAUUGUUGCAAUUGAUUGGUAACAUUAGAAUGAAAUCUGCUUCGAAAUUGGAUGAUUUCAAGAAGGUUUCUGAACAUUAUUUGAACGCAAACAAAUCAUAUGAAAAGAUAGGAAAUAUCUUUAUAAUUAUUGCUCAUGCAGGUGGCGGAAUUGAUGCAGCUAAAACAGGUGUUGUUGCAUUAGGAAAAUCAAUAAAGAUGAAACCUGUAAAACAGAAUUUGUUUGCAAACCAAUUAUUCGGCGCUUUAGUCAAUUUCGGACAAGAAAAACAAGUCGCAGAUGCUGUUGCUGAAGCCAUGAAUGAAUUAAGUCCACAAUCAUUGGCAACAAUUUAUUCAACAGCCUUCCAUUUGUUACUAAAUCCAUCAGAGAAUAUAAGAGACGUUGCAGCACAAAUUUGCUUCAAACUCGUUUCUUCGCAUCCUCAAUACGUCGGAUUCCAGUUAUUAAUGAUGGAAUCUAAGCAUUGGGACAUAGACGCAUUGGAACAGAUGUAUGAUAAGAUGCAGAUGGAAUAUCCAGUCAUCUUUUCUCAUGUUUCUUUGAUUUACAAGGAACUUUUGAAGAUGUCAAACAUUUUAUACAUUGUUUAUCAGACAUCAAUUGAAGAAGCAAAUCAAUUGUUCAAAGCUGGCGACAACAAAGGAGCUUUGGACAAAUUGAUGGCUUUCUUGAAACUGUUGAAUGAUCCAAACAAAACAGUCCAUGAUACCCAAUUCUUUUCCGGAUAUGCAACACAGUUACAAAAGGUUUUGCAAGAGAUACAAAACAAAGGAAAGAUCGAAGAAGAAGACUUCGCAACUCUUUACAAUAUUAGGAAGUCUCUUCAGAAGAGAUUCCAGUCACUUAGAGUUAUCAGACUUAGUUCUAUUUCCCCAAGAUUGGAGCAACAAACGAACUGGGAACUCAAGUUACUUGGAUCUCAUUCUCUCCAGAAAAACGGCGUGAAAAUCGGAAAAUUCUCCCAUUCUGUUGGAAAUCAUGAACACGGAAUGCACCUGACAUUGAUAGGAACCGAUGGUAAAAGAUACAACUAUCAGUUGAGAAGGAACUUGAAGAAAGUCAGGUCAUUGGCAACAGAACAAUUGGUCGACGCUUUGACACCGAUUUUGGAUGAUAUACAUCACAUUAAUCAUGGAUCAAUCAUCCAAUUGAGUGGAAAUUUGUAUUUGUUCGAAGUACCGAAAGGACAAGCUUCAAUGUACGAAAUGAUCACUGUCUAUGAGCAAAGCAAAGGAAGAAUCAUCGACGCUGAGCAGGCAUCAAUAAAGAAGUGGUACAACGUCGAUUACAGCCAAUUAAGUGUCGAAGACAGAGUCAAUGCUUUGAAGAAUGUCAGAAAAUACUUCGAAGGAAACGAACUCAGCAGAGCUAUUUUGGUUACUUCAAAGGAUGCGGACGCGUGGGCAUAUAGAACAUCCCACUUCUCUUCAUCACUUGGAGCAAUGUCUGCUUUGGCUUUCAUGUUGGGAUCAGUUGAUCACUCUCCACAACAGUUUUUGAUCGAUAAAAUUACAGGAAACGUGACAUUCAGUUCAUUUGCAGGCGGAAGCCGUAAACAGAGUGUUCCUUUCAGAUUGACACCACAGCUUUCGAAUGCUUUGGGAAGAUGCCAGUACAGUGGACCUUUCUCGAGCUAUUUCACGCAGACAAUGAAGGAUAUCAGGAAGAGAGCAAUUUCUCUCGCUCCUGUACUUCAGUUCUUCAUUGCAGACCCGCCUUUCACAAAGCCAAAGAUUCCUCACAGCUUCAUGAAACAACUUGGUGUCGAAAUUCCUGUGGAAGAGAAUCAGACACAAGAAGAAAAAGAAAUUGACGAAGAAAUCAAUGACAUCUACGCAAGACUAGUAGGAACUGAUGUAUCUCUUGAAACAGAACUUCAGCAACUGAUUGAAUCUGCUACUGAUAUUAAUAAUAUCGCAAAAAUGCCACCAAGUUGGUAUCCAUGGUGGUAA